AUGGUUAAAACUGAACUUCAUUAUUCGAUACCAUGGGAAGCAACACAUCAACAACAAGUUGAUUAUUAUAUGGAUAUGGCAACAAAUUCUUAUACAAAUGUUAAUUUAAUUAUUAAUAAUAAUGCAAAUCAAACUACUUCAAUAGAUACAUCACAAAAUGUAUCAUUAACAGAAAAAAAUUCUACAUCAUCAUCAUCAGCAUCAUCAUCAAAUGAAUUCAAUUCAACAAUAACAUCUAAGCAUAAAGAAAUAUAUCCAUGGAUGAGUGAAAAAAAACAUGGAAAUAAUAAAAAUAAACAAAAUUCAAAAAAUCAUAAUAUAAAUUCAAAUUCUUCAACAUUAUCUACUUCCGAUAAAAAUAAUUCAACAUUAUCAAAACGAGCUCGAACAGCUUAUACAAGUUCACAAUUAGUUGAACUUGAAAAAGAAUUUCUUUAUAGUAAAUAUUUAAAUCGUCCACGACGUAUUGAACUUGCACAAACACUUUGUUUAACUGAACGACAGAUCAAGAUCUGGUUUCAAAAUCGUCGAAUGAAAGAUAAGAAAGAUGGCAAAAAUCGUACAUCAUAUAUAAAUGGAUGUAAUAUGAAUCUAAAUAGUUCACCAUUAGCUAGUUCAACAACAGAAAAAGAUGAUUUGACUCUUCGUUCAUAUCAUCAUCAUCAGAAUUAUUAUCAACCAUCACAAGGAGUACCACAUAUGUCCGUUACAUUUCCUACACCAUCAUCAUUUCAAAAUCAACUUAAUUAUACUUCAUCUCAAACAAAUGAUUUAUAUGAAAUGACAAAUUAUUCUAUAAAACAAUCAAAUUAUUAUACUAAUAAUGGAAAUAAUCUUAAAACAAAUUAUCAUACAUCAAUUCCUCCAACAUCAUAUGAUAAUUAUUAUUUUAAUUCAGAAAAUUCAAUAAUACAUCAUCAACAACAGCAGACCGGUUCAAUGUUACCACCAUUUGUUUAG